GAACGCGUUGCCUAAAAUUUCACCAAGAUAGGCCUAUUUAUAUGUAUUUUCUUAUCAUUGCAUGAACGAGUCCGUCGAGACCAAUGGUUGAUUAGCGACACCAUCACAUCGUCAGUUCCUUAUCUGCAGUGAUAUUUGAUCAUUUCUUUUAUUUAUUUAUUUUGUAUUAUACAGUCAUAUUCUGGUGAGAUAUCAUUCCAUUUUUGUUAUGGACACCGUUUUGGACAAUUUCACCUCGGACAAACUUUUCCCUAAUUCCAACCUGUUGGACCUCGAAGAUUUGAAUGAAACAGAUUUUCUUAGCAAUGUGCACUUCUCAGAGCAAAUGGAGGACUUCUCAAAUGAUCUCUUCAGUAGUUUCUUUGAUGACCACCUACUGGCAGAGAGGAAUCCUCUCCUGGACAUGGACUUGGACCCACCUAAUCCUGCCAUCCAGGCCGAGCACAGUUACUCUCUGAGUGGAGACUCAGCACCACAGAGCCCCUCUAUGCCAAUCAAAAUGGAUGAGGAAGCAGAAUCAGAAGGAAUGUGGUCCUUCAGCCAGGAUCUGACGGCCAUUUUGGUGAAACAGGAACCCAGUCUUUUGUCAGACCCUGCUCCAGCACCCACUCCUGCAGUCAGUGCUGCCCCUCAGCCUCUCAACCUGGCUCCCCCACCCCAGAGAAAUGCCCCUGAGGAUAAGGAAUCAAAAGGCAUGAAAUGCAAUCAAGUGCCUACAAUCAAAGCUGAACCCAGAGAGGUCAAUCAGUUUCUCAGUGUCCCAACAGAUGAGCACCUGCAGCUGCCGCCCACCCCUCCUAGCAGUCAUAGCAGUGAUAGUGACGGCUCCCAGAGCCCCCACUCUCUGCCCCCAUCCAGCCCUGCACGCCUGCAGGCCCGCACCUCUGCAGCCAUCUCCACCUCACCCCUUCUCACUGCACCUCAUAAACUGCAGGGCACUUCUGGUCCACUCAUGCUAACAGAGGAGGAGAAACGUACCCUGAUUGCAGAGGGCUAUCCUGUGCCCAACAAGCUACCCCUCACUAAGACUGAAGAGAAGGCACUUAAAAGGGUCCGUCGCAAGAUAAAAAACAAGAUUUCAGCUCAGGAAAGUCGCAGAAAGAAGAAGGAGUAUGUGGAGUGCCUGGAGAAAAAAGUGGAAACAUAUACUUCAGAGAAUAAUGAGCUGUGGAAGAAAGUGGAGACCCUAGAGACUGCAAAUAGAUCUCUACUUCAACAGCUACAGAAACUCCAGGCUCUUGUAUCAGGCAAAGUGCCUCGGUCCUGCAGGAUGGCCUCUACACAAACAGGAACUUGUCUGAUGGUGGUGGCGCUGUGCUUUGUCCUUGUGCUGGGUUCACUUGUACCAUGUCUGCCUGAGCUCUCUACUACGUCGCACAUGGUGAAGUCCUCACCUCUCCCCUCGGCUGACGUCUACACCACCAGCCAGGUCCGUUCCCGCAGCCUCCUCCUCUACGACGAGAGCUCAGCGCUGGAGGACAGCCAUGGCAGCUUCCUGAGAGUAGAGGCAGGGGAUGGAUGGGAAGGGGCGCCCCUUGACUACACAGUGGACCAGCCAAAGCAGGUGGGCCAUGCCACACAUGAAACCAAAAAGUAUCUGAGCAAAGCCCACUCAGACCCAGUGGCCUAUGAUAACAGGACCGGCGCCCCAUUCCUCCACAAACAGGAACAGUACCAUAAAAGAGAGCCGAACCCUGAAGGUGGAGCAGAAUACUUCUGACAGUUUGAGCAGAGCUGCCAUGGACACCUCCUCUAGUAGGUGCCCACCAGAGCUUGAAGACACUUCAAUCUGCCAUAUUACGUGUCUCCAAGCUCUUUUACCCACUCUUUAAGUAACCCACUGGCACCGUCCCCAGAAGUCCAUCCCAAAACAAACCCACGACGAUUAUAAAAAAUAAUAAGUGAGAGGAGGAAACAUCAACAGCUCCAAAGACAUGGGAUCAAACAAAAUUGUGCACAGAUUCAGUUAUAGGACCUUCUAAAAUAUGGAACAUAAUGUUCUAUUCAGACCAAUGGAUUGGCCCCAGCUCAUGUGCCUGAAUCCAAGAGAGGGCAAACAGCAAAUUAGAGUGACAUUUGAAGUGUUCCCUAGUAUCUCUGUGUUGUUGUUUUCAAACUUUAAAAAGAGCUAGAUUUGGGAGUAGCAUAGACAGUAAAUUAAGUACAAGAAUGAAAAAGUACUAGUUCCCCUAUUAUGAGUGUUUGUCUUUUUCAAUUGCCAUAUGACUGAAACUCAGAGUGUGUAUUUUUGCAAAGAUAUUUUAAUUUCUUCUGUUUUAAAACGCUGGCACUAUGUUUGGGUAUAGUUUAAUUAAUCUAUACUAUAUUAUGGUUGGACAUUUACACUAUAUUGCAGUCUUUGAGAUAUUAUUUUUCUCAAAUCCUUCAUUUCAGCUGCAUAAACAUAUACUACAAUAGACGUUUUGGUUUAAAUGACUAUUUGCACUUAUUUCAUGCCUGCAUGGGAAAAUUUUGGAUUCCAGUUCAUUUAAGUGCCUUCAGUCUCCUUGGUGAAAUCAUUUUAAUAUUAUAUUCCUCAAACACCUGUUUUUUUAUUUUUAUUUUUAUUUUACCAAUUUCUUUAAAAUUAUCAGAGGUAUUUUUGGGAAGUAUAGCAUCUGUAAAAUAUGUAAGUAUUGUCAGCAUCAAAAAUGGCAUAUUUAUCUUAUGCAACAAAAAAAGUGAAGCAAUUAUCUAAGUUCUAUCAAUACAUUCAGUGGUGUAAUGUCAUAACUGUUAAGCAGUCAAAGGUAUUUUUAUGGAAAAUAUAAUACUUGUAAUAUAUAUGUAAGUAUUGUCUGCAUCACAAAAGUGCAUAUUUAUUUUAUGCAAUGAAAAAAAAGUAUUGUGUGUUUUAUAUCUAUGAAAAUAAUAUUAUCAUGUUUUAAUACUUAAGUUGAAUUUUCAUUUCUGUAAGAAAAUAAUUUGUGUAUAAGCAUUAGAAACAAAGGAACAGGGACAAUCAACUGUAAAAAAUGUAAGAAUUAUUUGAUAACAAGAAAUUGCAUUCCUUAGGACUCAUAAGACCAUACUCGCAAGUGAAUUGAGUCUAGCCAGAUCACAUAAAGACUGCCAUUUGCCAAUCGAGUAAAUUGUCUCAAUUUACAGUCAUUUAGUGUGACACUGAUUAAAUGAUUCUCUUCAUACAACAGCUACAGUAUUUGUGUGCUACAAUCUAAGGACAUUGACCUCUCCCAGUUGAUGUAGCAAGAUAAUAAUUCCCAAUUCUUUCACAAAGUAAACAACCAGUACUACUAUUUGAAAUUAUUUGUAUAGUAAUAGUGUUUGCCUAAAUUAUGACCCUAUAAUUCCCCAGUUUUUUGUGUCUUUUCCUUCAUCAUUCAUCUACAUGUUGGUACAUAUAUCUCACCCAGAAGCUUUGACAGAUUCAAAACUUUUCAGGGAUAACCAUAUUUUUGAAAAUGACACAUAAAUCUUCUUGUUGACAAAAGUCCUUGACAAACACUUUAUGGAGUGCUUCAAAGCAUAUACGUAAUUAAUAGUUUCCAUAGUUAUGUAUAUUUUUGAAAUGUAUUUUGAUUAUUUUUAUGGUAUUUAAAUAUGAAUUCUGAUUACCCAGGUUGCCUAUGAAUUUUGAAGGAGGAUUUGUUCUCCUGCUCACUUAUGCCUGUAAUUUACCACAGUGACCAAAAGCAAAGCACUGUACUGAGCAAAAAUUAUGUUUUUGUUUCCUGUCAGUUGCACAAAGACGUAUAACAACAUAGUUAUGUUAUGGAUUAGAAAUGAAAUUGUCAUAAAUGUCAGAAAAGUACUUGGCUAUACUAAAUGAAAUGAUACUAUUUGUCAAAUUUCUGUGCGAUUGUAUGAUACCAUUUCCUGAUUGUAUGUGUGUAUGAGUUUCACUAUAUGGUAUCGUCAAUAGUGUUGAACACUGUCCAUGAUGACUUCUGCGCAAGCUUACCAGGGGAAAGCAUAACCUAAAAUCUUUGAAAAAAAGUGUAUGUUCUCACUAUUGUUUUCCCAUUUUCCUUGCAUCUUAAAUGCACAGUCCAUGAUUCUGGUAAAAGGUUGUUGAUCAUUACAAUUUCCAUUAUUCUCAGGAACAAUGGAAGGUGUAAUUAUCUAAUGUACACAAUAUUGCUGGAACACUGUUAUGGCUCGACCAGAGCCAUAUGGAACAUAUACAUAGAGGACUUUGAGCAACAAGUACAUUGGUUUAGAAUUAUGGACUGUGCCCUUAAUGAUGUUUUAUUCAAAUGUUGUAAAACAACUAACUUGCCCAGCCACAGUGACAAAGUAAAGAUCUUAAACUUGUACGCCAAAUGAUAGUGAUACACCAAAUUUAAACCUUUUGUGUCUACGUAAACCUUUUUUCCAAGACAUUCCACAGCAAUUUUCAUUACAUUACAUUUGUGUUACCCUCUGUACAUAUGUGCAAGUGAAGUCUUUACUGUAAAUACUGAGAAUGUAUUUUUGUAUUUGUAAUGUAUUGAUGUAUUUUGGUAUUCAUUUGGCAUCUUUGGAGAGCAGCCUGUGUCUCAGUUCUUUCGUACCAUUGCUGUUAAAAGUGCAUGAAUUUCUGUUGUGACCAUUCUCAUUAUAUUUCUGUCUCCUGUCCUGUAGAUUUAGACUAAAGCAAUAUAAAAAAUGCAGAAGCAAA